AUGUCAAGAUUUACUCAAAGAUUAAACAAGAAUGAUAAUAACAAUAAUAAUAACAACAAUCGAAUGCAAAUAGAUGAUGAUGAUGAAUACAAAGAUGAUAUCGAUGAAAAGUUACUCAAACAACAAAAAGAGUUCUUAAAUAGUGGAGAGAAACCAUCAGCUGCUGUAUCUAGAGCUGCUCCUCCACCUAUUGUUAAGAAAUCAACUAUUCCUACUACAAGUACAGGUACAGGUACUAGUACAGGUACUAGGAAUACAACUACUUCAUCUACUUCUAGAAUAACAUCAAAAUUUGGAUCAACAACAAACAAAACAAAUAAUAUGAUACCAAUUAUUGAUGAACCAAUUGAAAAGGAUGUUAUAUCACUUGGUGGUGGUGGAGAUGGUAAAUCAUUACCUUCAAUGCUUGGUAAUCUUGGUCAACAUCAACCAAUGUCACAACAAUAUGGUGGUUCAUCACCAUUCAAAGGUCAAAGAGUGACAUUUGAUAUGGACGAUGAUUUAAAUGAUGAAAUGAUGGGUGAUGUAGUUGAAAAGGAUAUUGAAGAUAUUGUCGAUCAAGAAGAUCAUCAUAUUACAUCGGUCAUUCAAAAGAUCUAUGAAAGAGAUGUCUCUGAUGUCAUCUUUGAACCACCAAAAAAGAAAAAAACUGGUACUUCCUUUCCAGAACCUUUACAUCGUUCUGUUAAAUCAUUUAGUAGAAAACCAUUUAAAGAAAAUGUUGAAUCAAAUGAAGGUGGAGAUGAUAAAGUAACAAGUUUGGCAGGUGAUAUUGAUAACGAAAAUAAGAAAAAGUUAGAGACAAUGUCUGAUCAAGAGAUUAAAGAUAAUCAAGAUUUCAUUUUAAAAAGUCUUGAUCCAAAAUUAAUUGAAAUGUUAAAAAGUAGAGGAAAAGCUAAAAAUAAUAAUAAUAAUAAUAAUAAGGAUGAUGAUCAAAAGGAAAAGACAUCAUCUUCUUUAAAGAGAGAAUUACAAAAAGAUCCAAUUGAAAUGUUUAUGGAUGAUUUACACAAGGAAAAUGAAUUUAGAGUAAAACAACAACAACAGAUCAAACAAGAGAAAUUGGAACAAAAAGAAAAAGACCAAAAGGUUGAUUUUGUAGAGGCACUUGAAAAGGUAAAGGAAAACGAGGAGAACAAGUGGAUGAAGGAGCUAAGUGACAAGGACCGUGCCAAGCAUGGGUUGGGACUUGCCAACUUUAAGAAUUGGAGAUUUGGAUUCCGUGGUGAACUCAUUGUCAAUAGUGAGGAUAUCCCAACUCAUUUGGGUCUACAUCAUCACGGACAAGAUGCCGCCGAAGCAGGAUACACUAUUCAAGAGUUGUCACUCCUCAUUCGUAGUACAAAUCAUUCUCAAAAGACAACUGCCUUGCGUAUCUUGUCUGAUAUUUUUGCAAAUGUUCAUCGUGGUGUCUUGGGACCAAAGGCAUUGGUACUCAGAGAAAUCUAUCUUGCCAAACUACCUAGACUGCUGCGUGUGACACUCGACUCGAACAUUCCCACCGUGUCGGCUGCCUGCGUUGCAUGUCUAGCAUCGCUCUGUGUGCCAUUGCAAGACGAAGAACUCUAUGAAAAGAAUGAACUAAAGUCUUAUCGAGGACAAGAAUUCCUUUCACUCAAACCACCCAAACCUACUCCAAAACCAAAGAUCAAUGGUAUCAAUCCAACUGGCAAUGAAGAAGAGGAAAAAGAUGACGAUGAAAAGUGUGUAGAUGACUUGGUUUCAGGUCUCAUUGAUAUGGGUGUAUUGAAUCGUCUCAGAUACCUCCUAGACAAUGAAAAGAAACCAAGUGUCGAACCAGACUAUAUCAAUCGUUGUCGUAACAUUCUCAACAUCUUUAUUCGUUUCUCAAGACACUCUGAAGAAAUUGCUCAAGAACUUUUUAAAUGUCAUUAUCUCAUUGAAUCACUAUGUAAUAUUAUUUUAUUGACCGGUGGUGAAGUAAAUAAUGAACAAUCAUUAUUAAUAGUGGAAUGUAAAGCAAAGGUUAUUCGAUUGAUUAGAAGAUUAUGUCAAUCAGAUCGUGAAAUUAUGCUUAAAAUAUCGUCUACCCAACACAAUGUCAUUCCAUUGGUCAACCAACUAUUCCUCUCUCCAUCAACUGACCAAACCAUCCUUUUGGAAUGUCUCAAAUUCUAUCGUGUCCAUGUUCAAUAUCGAAUGGACACUACAUUUAUAUUUGCAGGUGUUUUGGAAAGAAUUUCAAAAUACAAUGAUGAUUUCUCAACCUAUAUCAAUCAAUUAUCAUUCAACAUUUCAUCCAUCCAAGGAGAUACAACUGCCACCUAUCAAUCAGUACUUGGUCAACUCGACCAAAAUCUAUCAAUGGAACGUUCAAUCUAUAAUCUCUUAUCAGUCCUCUUAUUCUCAAUCAACACUACAAAUUCUGAUAAAUCAAUCUUACAAUUUGAUAAAUUAUCUUCAUUUAUUGAUUCAUCUUUAAUUUUAAUUCAAACUAUUAGUGUCAUUUAUCAUACAAUGAAAGAAAAUAAUAUUAAAAAUGAAAAUCUUUUAGGAUUGAUUGGAUUAUUUUCAUCAACAAUACAUUUCACAACAUCAUAUUUUAUGAUUGCACAAAAAUUAAUGACCAAAGUUAAUUUCAAGGUAAAAGCAAAUAUUAUGAAUCCCCAAAGUGGCAACAAUACAGGCAACAAAGGAAGUAUAAUGGAAAUUAUUGAAAAUAUAUCAUCAACUAUAUUCCAACAAUCAUUCUUUGCUUCUACAAUGUACACUGACAUGAAGAAACAAAUAUUGACCUAUUCCGGUGAAAAUAAUCAUCAACAAUUGGCUCAAGAUGGUGAAUUGACAGAAUGGUGGUUAUCUAUUGCUAGAUACUUGUCAGUAUCUGUUGCAAUCAAUCGAUCGAUAUCAAAGAUGGUAUUCUAUCUUGACAAGAGUGAAUUUUUCACUCACCUUCACUCUAUACUCGUAUCGACCACUGAAUAUAGAAACCAAUUUGUUCUAUUGGAAGGUAGUGGUGGUGAAAGAGAUAAUCUCUACAUCUCUUGCAAUAGAUCACGUACCUAUCUCUACUAUCACCUCUUGGUAUUAAUGAACGAACUCUCAUUUGAUGAAGAGUUUGAUCCAUCUUUUAUCAGAUUCCAUCAUUCCGCUUCGAUGGCAUUGGUUCAUUGUUUCCUACCAAAUGAUGAUUCUCUUUUAUUUAAUCUUUUCAGAUCAGUUACAUUUAAUCCAGAUUAUCUGUCUGAUAUUGGCUCAACAAAAUCAACUUCUCUAUCUAAAAUUAUGAUUGAUUUUUAUCAAGAUAAAUUUUUCCCUUCAAAUACAAUUGAAUAUUCAAAUAGAUAUCAAUUAAAUGUUGAUAGUUUCCAAAUAACACCUGCAUCAUUUAUUAUAUCAUUUGAAACAUAUGAAUCAUUGUUACCAUUGAAAUAUGAUUGGUAUAAUCUGCCAUUGGAAUAUUUAUAUCAAGAUUCCCAAGAAAUUGUUGGAAAGAAUAAGCAUGGUGAUUUUGAUGAUGGAUUUGGCGAUGACGAUGACGAUGAUGACGAUGAUUUAAUUGCUAUCAUUCAUCCAUUAAUUGAAUCAUCACUUCAAUUUAUUCAAUGUUUAUAUAAUUCUAAUUCAGAAUAUAUACAAUCAAUUGAUUUAGUAAAUGUUUAUCAAUCAUUGAUGAAAGUAUUUUUAGUUAAAAAGGAACCAUGGGAGAAUAGAAAUAUUUCAGAUUUGUUAAAGGUUCUAUUUAACGUGUUGGUAUCAAGACUAAGGGCAGAAAAGAGGGAACAAGAUGAUACAAUUGUCGAGUUUGACUUUGGUCAAUACUUUGGAGACCGAUUCUACCAAUUCUUUACAGACUUUGUCAACCAGUUUGUUACAUCGUCCAACUCUUCACCCAUCUUUUCAACCUAUCUAUGUAUUUUUUUGCGUCAAUACUAUGCAGUCAACUAUCGUCGUUUGAUAUGGUCCGAUCUAUUCCCAACACUACAAUAUAUCAAUUUGGAGAGUGACAAUCUUCCACUUGGCAACCAAUGCUAUUUGGAACCUAUCGAACCAUCGUUUGACAUGAUCCAAAUCUACAAGAAUGCAAUCAUUCAGAGCAAAGCAUCACCCUCCAAGGCACCCAAACUCUACAAGAUUGCUAAACACCAUCUACUUGCCUACCUCUUUUCCUCACCCUCUGAAGAAUUAUCAAACGCCUCCAACAACAAGAAUGCUCUAAAGAUUGACAUUAUUAAAGAUUUAUUUGAUACCAGUAAUAAGAAUUUAAAUGUCGUACAAAUAGACAUUCUUCAAGAUCUGUCUGUCAAAUUUGGUAAUCAACAUAAUCGUGAAACAACUCUAGAGGGAGGAAGAGGAGGAGGAGGGGGUUGUGCUAUUGAUCUUUACAUUUCCAUUGGAAAUCCAAAAGUAAUCUUUUUUCUAUUCAUCUAUCAUUUUUGUACAAUAGUUUAUUAA